AGUGAAAAUAUUGAUUUGAAAGAAAGUGAAAUGUCCAAAGUCGUCGACGCGGUCAGAAGUCAUUGAGCAAAGAAAAACGGCGCCAUUUUAAGAAUCUAAAUGCAGACGGAUAAAAGUGUAUGAAUGACGGAGUUGAAACAAAAGAAAGACAUCAAAGAAGUAUACGAAUGCAAGCGUGGAACAAAGCAAACUAAUAGUGGAAGAAUACGUAAAAGCAACAAAGAGAGAAAAGUGCCAGCAAAUAGAUGGAAAAAGUGAAAAGUGAAUCUUUGUAUUUUGAUGUAGCUAAUUUUUUCUUAUGAUUUUUAAUUAGAAUAACUAAAAAUUGUGUAAGCGUGUAAUGUGAAUAAAGUAAUGAAUAAAUUUAAUAAUCAUUUAGAGUAAGUGUAUAGGCUGAAACGGAUAGAAAACUGCAGAGCACGUAGGAAGAAAACGUAAAGUUGCAGAACAUAGCUUUUGCUUUACUAAAAUAUGAACAAAUCGAUAAAUGACUUAGGAGCAGAGAAUGUUUUGGCCACGCAAUCACAGGACGAACAGAAGCAAACCGAAUCUGUUAGUGAAAAUGAGGAAUCCGAAUCGAGUACAGAUCAGUCGAGUAGUUCUUCUUCUGAAACUACCAACACACAAAAUUCUUUAUCAAACGCAACAUGUUCUAAACGAAAACCUAACUCAGCAUCUACGAAAUCGUCUUCUACAGUAACACAAUUCAGCGUGCAACGUUCGGACGUAGAUGGUUUACGUAUGAAAAUUUCAGCUAUACGUCCCACUAAUAUAAUUAAAUCUCUUUCUAAUACCAAAAAACCUACCUAUUCGCCAGUAGCUAUAAGCAAUAACGAUUCAAGUGGCGACACUUGUGAUAAAACGAAAACGCAAAAAAUCACAUAUAGCGAAAGGGUACAUUAUAAUAACAACACAAUAACAAAGCCCCUAACAGUUAAACUAAGCAAUAUAAAACUGCAGCAAAUAAAGUUGCAGACAUUAAAGGCAAAUUUAGAUUCUAAGGAGCAUCAAAAAUUUGAAAGCGGUGCCAAUAAGAUGUCGGUUGAUACAGCGCAACAGAAAAGCGGUAAUAAUGGCGGUGAAUCUGGUGACAUUCUUGGAGUAAUUGAAAACGCCAGCGGCAAUGAAGUCAAUAAAACCGCACUUACGUUCCCCGUGCAACCGACAUCAACGGCACCCAGCAUCGGACUUCCAUUAGCGCACUUGCUUCCACAAGCGCCAUGCCUAAGUGAUGCUACAGCAGAGUCAGGCUGCUCAGAGGCUACCACAACAACUAUAGCAGCUAGUACAAAUAGGUCUGUAACAAGGCGUGUCCGAGUUAAACGGAAAAAGGCACAAACUAAAGUGUUGACAAACUUAAAGAAACCUGCCAUAUCAGCAGCGGCUACAGUUAUAAAAUCAGCGCAAAUAAACCAUCAACACAAAGCAAUCACAUAUUCUUCCGAUUCUGACAAUGAUGUACCAAUCUACAAGCAAAAGCAACAACACCAAUUGCAAAAACGUGCGCCACGUCUUCUUCUUACAGCAAUCAAUACAAAUCCUAAUAACGAGCCACAAAUUAAGCCUUUAGCGUGUACUAAUAACACCGCUCAAGCUGCUGGAUCAGCCACUUUUAGUCACGGCAGUGAUAAUAGUGAUAACGAACUAAAAUUGGAUGAUGUUGUAAACGCAGCUAUUAAGCGAGUAGAGAGUGACGGCGAUGAUACUCCGACAGGCGCGGAAGGAUAUCGUAAAACGCGCACUAAACGGCUACCACAAUACCAGUCGACUUUAUUGCAGGAUUUUAUGGAGAAAACACAAAUGUUGGGUAGUAGCAGUACCGCUGUAACAGUUGAGCAGAAAUCUCUUGCGAUUAACAAGCCACUAAUAAGAAAUAAAUCCACAUCGGAGACGGUAGCGAAUAUAAAUUCUGCGAAUUCACAAUCUGAUAGUCUAACCCCUAGCGGUAAAAAGAAACGUGGUAGACCGAAAAAAUUGCCAACCACAAAUAUUGAGCCGCUAGAUACAAGACCAUUAGGUGUUACAACUUCGGUUAUCAUGUCUACUUCCAACACGAAAGCUAGUGCGGCUAGCUCAAUUGCGUCAAAUAUUAAUGAAUCAGCUGAUUCCGGCGUUAUAUCUACGACCAGUACAACAACUACACAAAGUAGCACCUCUCCAUCGCCAAAGCUGACAAGUGCCAUGAGUAGUAGUAAUAGUACCACUACACGUUUAGUUGCAACAACGCCAAGCCAGAAGCGCCGUCAUCGAGUUUUGGAAGCUGUCGAUAAGACGCGACAGCCAUCCGUUUCACCCUGCAAAAGCCAAACCCAAGACGGUAGUGGUAGCUGUAACGCUAGCUCUCCAAAACCUAAAAUCGAUAUGGCAUAUUUGGAUAAGCGUAUGUAUGCCGCUACAGAGCGCGUGCUCUAUCCGCCGCCACGUAAUAAACGUCGUCAAUCAUUAAGCGCAGCAGGCGUAAAUUUGGCAAAUACUCCGAGUAGUAAGAAUACUGUGAAAUCGACUACUGUAUUAACAAGUAGUAGUAAUGCUUUAACACCAACAACAGCAAAAAAUGUACCCAAAGAAGAGAUUCAGCUUGAUCCCGUGUGGCGUAAAAUAGAUGUGAAUAAGAAAUUUCGUCGUCCCAGCGUCAGCGGCUACAAAAGUGAUGGCGGUGGUGGUAAUACCACAAUUUGUAGUAAAAUACUCGCCGCUAAAAGUGGCUACGUCUCGGAUUACGGUUCGUUUCAUGCGCGUGCAGCGCGCGAUCAUUCCGGUUACAAAAGCGAUGCUAGUGGCAAAAGUCGUUACAGUAUGAAAAGUUGUGCCAGCCGUCGUAGCAGAGCAAAAAGUUGUGGCUACCGCAGCGAUUGUAAAGAGGGUAAAGAUGCUACUUCCCUAAAAUCAUCAAAAUACCGACGAAAACGGAGAUCUGCUCUAUUGCGCGCACAUUCUAAAUCGGUAGGGAAUCUGGCGACGAACUUGAACGACGUGGAAAAGGAUUUACUCCAACUUGCCGGGCUUUCGCUUGGUCAGAGUAGCGAAGAGAGUAACGAAUAUGUGUGUAAACCUAAUUUGGAGAGUUUACCAACAACGAGCGCUUCGAAAAAAUAUGGCGAAAUUAAUAGGUUCAUAGCAACGGGCGAGUAUUUUGGACGUGGAAGUAGCAGUAGUGCGCUAGCAAGCGGUGGAAAUAUAUUCGCUGGCGGUUUGCAUGAAAAUGUCGAUGGCAGUGGUUCGCAAGAUGGCUACGGAUUCAGUCGUAAGCUUUUAUUGCAACGAAAGCAUUCUUCUGGAAUUUCCAGCGGCGGUGCGCACGAAUUGUUAUUACCAAACGCGCACUCUUCGCGUAAAAUAAAAUCACGACGAUCAUCGGUCGCUAGUUAUUGCAGCUCCUACUACUCUACUACUUCUAAAGUACGUAGACGACGUAGACGUAAAAGCUUUCUGCGAUAUCCUACCUCCAACAAAAGUGGUGCCGUUAUCGAUUCCAAGUUGCUUACCGAAAUCGACAUAUUGGUUAAUACAUUCAGUACACGCUGUCGCAUACAAAGCGGUGCUCUCGGUAAUGAGAAGGCAAGUGGUAGCAACAGUAAUAACAACAAAGAUAAGGUGCUUGUAGAAUCCAGUGGCAAAUUACAAACAGGCAAUUCUACAACCGGAGCAGCUGGCAGUGGUAGGCGUGAACAGCGCGAUAAGCGUUCAUUAAAAAAACGUAAAAUGAGCGAAAACCAAGAGUAUGCUGUUUUAACGGGCAGCGCUGGCGGUGGAAGUAAUAUUGGUGGUUUCGGUAGUGCAACCAUACUGGGUGGCGGAAGUGGUGGAGGGGGUGGUGCGAAACGUCGUCAUAAGAAAGCCAAUAAUAGUUCUAGUCCAGAUGACCACAAGUUGCCUCUAAAGAAACGCCAUUAUUUGUUAACUCCAGGCGAGAAGUCCACAGAAGCGGCAGCCGCAGUAGCAGCAAAGCUUUUCGGUAGCACAGCCGUUGAAGCUUGGGCUGCCGCGGUUGCGUCGACGAAGUUGGCGUCCGCUGGAAAAUCGCAGCACAGUCAGCAACAAUUUGGUGCAAUCUGUGGUAGCUUGGCAACACUUUCGGCGACUGGUAGUGCACAUAGUGGUAGUGCCAAAUCAUCAAAAUCCGGUCUUACACCAAAGAAACGACAAUUUUUACAACAAGAGGAGGGGCGUGAAAGCGUUGGCCUUGCGUCAAAGAGCAGUAGUCAUCACAGCAAUAGCUCACCCUUACGCAUUGCUAUUGAUAAUACACUAAGUCACAAGGUACUCGACAUCAGUCCAAUUUCAUUGGCGGGCAGCACAAAACAGAGCGAGGUGGUGCACCGCAAACGCUCACGUCUUGAAGUGCUUGUAUCAAAAAUUGUUGCCACCAGCAAUACCAGUCAAGGAAAUGCUGAUGAGAAAGAUUUGCCUACGGCGGUACUAAACAAGCAAAAGCAAUCGGCAUCAAGCAUAAACCCUAACCAACAUCCGUCGGUAGAAACGCCACCGCCUGGGGUAUUCGAACCAUCUGUGGCGCUGGAAAUACAAAUACCACCAAUUGUGAAAUUAAAUGAAGGAUCAAGCGGAGUAUCGAGCAUUCCAUCGAUAGUUACUAAAGCCGAAGUGAAUUCUCCGCUAAUGACGCAAGAGUUAACCCCGCCUACAAUUACUAUCUCAACUACAGCAGCAAAAACUGAGAACACUGCUACGCGUGUCGUUGAAACUUUGCUAAGUAAAACUGGUGUUUCUAAUUUGUUAUUGAAACGUAAACGAAAGAAAAUCAAUCGUACGGGCUUUCCAAAUGUGCGACGUCGCAAAAAGCGGAAAAUAAAUGAACAACUGCUUUUGGACAUCGUGGAAGAGGAAGUGGAACGAUCGUUACCGCUAAAAAGACAACCUAAAGUAGUGCUUACUAAGACAUUACCGACGCAAGCGCCAACAAAAUCAGUAAGUUCAGCCGGUAGUGUUAAUACCACGCCUAAACCACAAGCAACAUCAAUCUCAACGCCAGAAAAACAAUGUGAUCGCGUACCCGUUUCAGGCGAGGCCAGUGAUAGCUUUCUCGAACGCGCCAAUCGCACACCCCGGCUUUCUGUCGUGGCACUGGAGCGUUUACGGGGCACACCAACACCUUCGACCUCAUCUGCCGCGCCAACAUCUAGUGCUGCUGCAGAGACAACGACUGAAGUAACCGAAGAGCAUAAGGAAAACUCAUUUGUGCCGCGUAAGGGACGUGCUGGACGUAAGCCGAAAAUUACCGCAGAUCUUUCAAAGGUUACAAGCGAACAUGCCAUAGCUGGAGCAACUGGUACUGUACAGAACACUUCGGCUGAGGUACAACAAAUAACUGCGCAGUCUGAGGUGACAUCUCGAAAAUCUAGAGUGAUACAAACUGCGGUGCAGCAGUCUACAGAUACUGCAGAGCCGAUUGUCAACUCAAAGAAUACCGCGACUCCCAAAUCUAACAAAAGAACGAAGGUCGUAGAAAAAAAUAUUGUGGUGCAGUCCGCUAAAGCGCUGCCAGUUGAGAAAGUGCAGCCGUUAGUUGCAACUAACAAUGCGAUUCCAAGAGCACGCGGUCGUAAGCCCAAACUGUCAGCAGCUGCAAUUUUACCAACAACUGUUACGCAACCUGCGCUGUUUACACCAGACAAUCAACGCAAGAAGACCAAAGAGGAUGUACCAGCAAUCAGCAAACAAUCGCCAUCAGCACUCGCAAAGCAAACUAGGAAAACUGUAACCACAUCAAAGACUAUUGACCGUCCUGCAAGCUUUAGUAAAUCAACUGUCCACAAAAUUAUCACCGCUAAAUCACUGGAAGCUAAAGUUAAAUUGCCCGCUGGUAUUGAUCCCAACACAAAUUUCAGCUGUAAAAUACGCCUCAAACGCCCGAGUACAGCACAAACAGCACUAGUAACUGCACUUCGUCAGAGCAUGGACUCGAAUUGUGAUAGCAGCAUCAUCAAAGAUAUUCCACAAUCUACACCAGAGGAAAUUGCUGUUGAAGCCGCCGCCAAAGACUCCAAUAUUAACUACCCGGAACAGGAUAUUCUACCGCGUAGUGAAACGCCCUUCAUUGACUCGGAGGCAGCUACAAGUGAUACCAGUGACGAAAAAUGUUCUACGUCAACAAAUGUGACGAGUACGAGUAGCGCUAGCACGACUUCAGUACGAAAAGUUGCGCGUCUAAAGAAGAACUAUUUGCCUGCUGGACUGUUCUCCGAUUAUUUCAAACAAUUACCUACACCUUCAGGCAUCAAAAAGUCGACAGAUAGGAAGGAGCUACAACCGGCGUCCACAGCAUUAGCAAUUAGUGAAGUCAGCAAUACUUCAGCUACUGAAAUUGUAAACAUCAAUGGCCUACCAAUUACACCUGUUACACCUUCGCUUCUACCACCACCCUAUUGUGAACACUACUUUCGUCGUACACAAAUCGAUUUUCAGCUACCCUACGACAUCUGGUGGGCAUAUACCAACUCCAAGUUGCCCACAAGAAUCACCGUGCCUUCGUGGAAUUACCGUAAAAUACGCACUAAUAUAUAUGCUGAUGCUGUGCGUCCCAAUACGGCUGGUAUCGAUCAUCCCACUUGCAAUUGCAAGCCGGAUCAAGGCUGCGGCGAUAAUUGUUUGAAUCGCAUGGUGUACACCGAAUGUUCACCUUCAAGUUGCCCAUCACGCGAUAAAUGUCGCAAUCAGAAGAUUCAGCGUCACGAGGUAGCGCCUGGUGUAGAACGCUUCAUGACCACCGACAAGGGUUGGGGUGUGCGCACUAAAAUGCCUAUUGUCAAGGGCACUUAUAUACUGGAAUAUGUGGGCGAGGUGGUAACCGAACGUGAAUUCAAAGAUCGCAUGGGCACCAUCUAUCUAAACGAUACCCACCACUAUUGUUUGCAUUUAGAUGGUGGUUUGGUAAUCGAUGGUCAUCGUAUGGGUAGUGAUGGGCGUUUUGUAAAUCACUCGUGUCAACCGAAUUGUGAGAUGCAAAAGUGGUCCGUUAAUGGGUUGUCACGCAUGGCGCUUUUCGCCAAACGAAACAUAGAACCGGGCGAAGAACUUUCAUACGACUAUAAUUUUUCACUCUUUAAUCCCUCGGAAGGACAGCCAUGUCGUUGUAAUACACCACAAUGUCGUGGUGUGAUCGGCGGCAAAUCACAGCGCAUUAAACCGCUACCAACUGAAGCGAAGAAUACCGAUCCAACAGCGAAAGAUGCUCGUAAUGGGCGCCAACGUAAACGCAAGGCGCGCAAGAACACCGAACGUGUACCUUCAAAAGAUGUCGUCGUAGCACUUGUACAGCAACUUUCCGAAAAGGAGAAAAAAAUGGUCAAACAACACGGUAUAUUUUUGGUACGCAAUUUCGAAAAGAUACGUCGUUGCAAAGCACGUCGCACAGCAAAAAUUUCAAGUGAAAUGAAAGUAAAUGGCUUGUCACCGAGUUCUCACAUGCCCGUCGGUUCACCUAUGAAUUUUAGUAGCGCGGCGGCAAUCACUAGCCGUCGACCUUCUACGCCAGCAUCAUUGGCAGCUCAAAUAUCGGCUUUACGUUCACCACGUAGCAUUAAGACGCGUGGUCUGGCACACGCUGUGCAGGACCCAGAGGUGGAAAAAAUGGCUAAAAUCGCAGUGAUACUACGUGAUAUUUGCACGUCACUUGAAACGCUUAAAGAUCCCUUUGAUCAAAAACAAAACAUUGCAGUUUUUGCGCUUACGCACAGCGUAAGCGCACCUAACCUGAUCGGCGGCGGUAAUGAAGGUGAUGAGGCAGACGUUAUUGCUAGCAAUAGUAAUGCAACAGGUGCUAAUAAGAAGAAGAAAGCGGUGAAGGCGCCACCAAAAACAGAUGUGACGGACUUGAAGACCGUGCAGAGCAACAUUGAGCAAGGCUACUACAAACAACCGUCAGAAUUCAAUGCAGAUAUGCAGAAGGUGUUUUCCGUAGCACAGCGCCAUGCUGUAAAGGGCAGUCGAAAUGAGAACGCAUUGCAGGCACUCAUCAAAGCAUAUGAGCGCAAAAAGGCAGAAUCUUACGAACGUUUGUUGGAAAUUGUGGGUGGCGAUGAAUCCAUGUUGAAGGGUUUCUGUGAUCAAACGAAAAAAUUGGCGGAUGAAAAGGACAAAAUGUUCGAGUCAAUUAUCUCUAUCACGUCAAAUCAUGUAGCUAAUGACAUCACCACGAGCGUCAUCACGCCCACAUGUAACGAAGAUAUAAUACGGUGCAUUUGUGGUUUAUAUAAGGAUGAGGGUCUAAUGAUACAAUGUGCACGUUGUAUGGUUUGGCAGCACACCGAGUGUACAAAAGCGGACGUGGAUGCGGACAACUACCUUUGUGAACGUUGCGAGCCGCGCAUUGUGGACCGUGAAAUACCGCUGGACGAUUAUACGGAAGAAGGUCACCGAUAUUAUUUGACUUUGAUGCGAGGCGAUUUACAUGUGCGUCAAGGCGAUGCUGUUUAUGUAUUACGUGAUAUACCCAUCAAGGAUGCAUCCGGUAAUGUGGUACCCAAGCAAAAGCAUACAUACGAAACAAUCGGCACUAUUGACUACAAUGAGUGUGAUAUUUUUCGUGUGGAACGCUUGUGGAAGAAUGAGGAGGGUAAACGUUUCAUAUUCGGUCAUCACUUUUUACGACCGCAUGAGACAUUCCACGAACCGUCGCGUCGUUUCUAUCCCAAUGAAGUGGUACGUGUGCCACUCUAUGAAAUCGUACCGAUCGAAUUGGUGAUCGGACGUUGCUGGGUGCUGGAUCGCACAACUUUCUGUAAGGGUCGACCAGUAGAGUGUACCGAUGAGACACAUUGCUACAUUUGUGAGCUGCGUGUAGACAAAACAGCGCGCUUUUUCUCGAAAGCUAAAGUCAAUUAUCCGACUUGUACGAAGACAUAUGCAUUUAGAAAGUUUCCGGAAAAGCUAAAAAUUUCUAAAAGCUAUGCGCCACAUGACGUUGAUCCAGCUUUAUUGAAAUCGAAACGACAAAAGUCUGAGAAUGAGCCUAUAUCGAAUGCUAGAAACACGAGCUACAGAUCUGUGACUCCCGUCUCCUCAACUGCAUGUGCGUUGGAUGUGUCCUCUAACACCCCAGUUGGCAGACAAACUCCCAAUAAAACACCACAGAACAGCAGCAGUCGUAAACGUCAAAACAAUAACAGUCCAGCAAUAGUGCAUGUAAUUACUCCAACACCACUAAACGUACAGACCAUAAAACAAAAACGCAACCACUUGGAAUCUGUACUCGAAAUAAUGAAACUCAAAUGGAAGAAUACUCACACGGCUGUAAGUGAACAGCCCAUCGAUUUAUCAUAUCUACUAUCCGGACGCGGUGCAAGGCAGCGUAAAUCGCAAGCGUCUGCAGUAGCUAUAGUUGUAUCUAACACACUCGCACCCACUACAUCCACCAAUUCAAUAACAAGCACGUCAUCCUUAACGACCAAUGAGUCAACUUAACACAUGAAACAUAAAAUUAGUUCAAAAUGGCAGGAAGUCUAUGAAUUAUAUAUUUCAUCUUAGAAUUAGGUUAAUUAAGUUUGAAAGUGGUACCCAACUGAAGGAUGGGGACUAUAUUGUAAAAA